AUGGCCUCGUCCAAUCAGAGUCCAGAUCAGACCGUCCCAGAUGACGACGAGGAAGCAGCCCGCGAGAUCCAGGAAGUGCAGUCCAAAUACUUGCGCUGUCCGUCGCCUAGUUUCUCCUUGAUGUCUGAUUCUCGGUUCUCGAUGAUCUCUGGGUCUGAAGCCGACAGCAUUUUCAUGGAACCGAUUCACCUUUCGUCUGCAAUCGCCGCCAAGAAAAUCAUCAAUGAAGAGCUCCCGCCUCGUGGCCCACCCACAUUCUCGUACCCAGACUCGUACUAUGAACCCGCGGAGCAGCAGAUGGUGGAGGACCUGUACGAGCGCGUGAAGGAGCUAACGGACGAGCGCUCUCCCUACAACACGCCUUGUGUGCUCGACCUGCAGAGGGCGCUGCUGAGGGAGAGAGCUGAGGCCCCGACUAAUGCUGUGGACGAAGUGUGGCCUAAUAUCUACAUCGCAGAGAAGUCGGUGGCAGUGAACAAGGCUCGUCUGAAGCGCAUGGGCGUCACUCACGUCCUAAACGCGGCUCAUGGCACCGGAGUGUACACCGGCGCCACCUUCUACAGCGGCAUGGGACUGCACUACAUGGGCAUCGAGGUGGACGACUUCUCAGACAGUGACAUCUCUCAGCACUUCAGACCCACAGCAGAGUUCAUGGACGAGGCUCUACUCACACAUAAAGGCAAAAUCCUGGUAAACUCCAUGAUGGGCAUAAGUCGCUCAGCCGUCCUGGUGGCGUCGUACCUCAUGAUCUUCCAGAACAUGUCGGUCCUCGAGGCCCUCACUGCCAUUCGCAACAAGCGCCCCAUCUCCCCCAACGAGGGGUUUCUCAAGCAGCUUCGAGACUUCAACGAGACCCUGAUGGAGGAGAGAGACGAUGACGAUGACACCCUCAGCCAGUGCUCUGUCAUCGAUGCCAAGACCAGGAGGCAGAUCUUUGGAGAGAGUUAUGAGGACGAGGAGUUUGAGGACGAGGUCGAUGAGGAGAGCGUGGCGGAGGCUAAAGCCCACUCCAUCAUGAUGGACGAGGAGGAGGAUGGAGCUAGCGUUAUGAGUAGCAUUCCGUCGCUAGCAUCGUCAGCUGCAGCGGAAGCUCUACGGAACGGGUUGAUUCCCAAAGCGGGGGCCGGGAAUGAGGACUCAAAGCCAAUGCUGGUGUUGCCUCAGGACGAAGACGACCAGGACUUUAACCAAGACGACGACGACGGACUGGACAGCAUCAUCAGGGAAUGGCAGAGACGCAACGAGAAAUAUCAGAACGACGACUGGUUUGAGGCGCAGCUGAACAGUGACGCGGAGGACGAGGAACUGGGCGCGGUGCUAACGAACAAGAAGCAGAAAAGUGGAGACUUGGAGAGCGUGACGAGCGAAGAUGUGAGAUCGGUGAAGGAGAAACUGAAGCGGAGGAUGAGGCAAAGGGACGAGGUCUCUGUUGCGUCCAGUUGCACGAGUUACUCCGAUUUGUGGAAGCAGAGGUUGAAGGAGAUUGAAGAGCAAGCCGCAGCUAGAUAUCGUAAGAAAGAAGUUAAAGAGGAAGAGGAGAAGAAGGAGCAAGGAGCAAAGAAGCUAAUCGACGACGAAGUGGAAAGCCUCAUGUCUGACACAACCUCUAUGUAUAACUUUUGUCAGAAGAACAAAGAAAGCAUGACCCCGCUGGAGAGAUGGAGAGUGAAGCGGAUCCAGUUUGGUUGGAAUAAGAAAGAUCGCGAAGAUGGCGAUAGAAGUACAGUCCUCAACGGCGAAGAGGGGGAGGAAGAGGCAUCUACAAAGCGCUAUGAAGACGUCAAUCUCACCGCGUACCAGUCCUGGAAGCUACGGCAGCAGAGGCGGCUGGGCGUCGAGGAUAGCAACGAGGACUUUGUGGAGUUCAGCCGAGGAGAGGAGUCUACUAAAGCAGCGAAGCGGCGGCAGAAGAGAGAAGAGAUUCUGGAGCGGUCCAAGAAGAAUCUGGAGGAAAGCCAGUCCUUGUGCGGGUGGGAGACUGAGAGCUGUGUUAGCGGGGGGACUAUACCGCUAUCGGCGUUCUGGGCAGGGGUCACAGCUCCACCUAGCAUCCAAAACAACGACGAUAACCUGUCAAUGAUCAGUGGAAGAUCCUCCAAUAUAUCAUCUGUGUCGCAGGCUAGGAGCGUCAAAUCAACACAGUCCAAUGUGUUGCCAAUAAUUCCACCAAUUCUGCCAGUUCCAACAGUGCAAGGCCCAGGUGGGGAGCAGAUGGUGAACCUGGCUAGCAUUCAAAACUGGAUUUCUAACGUUGUGACGGAAACAAUUAAGCAAAAGACAACAGAGAUGAGUUUGCCACCAUCUAGAGCUGGAUCUGAGGUUAGCUACGGCAGUCUAGGAGCUGGUAGCGUUUUAUCUGGGCCACGAAUGGAGGUGGACAAGGCGUCGAUGCUUAGCGGCGCCUCUUAUCUCAAUGCUAACCGCCCUAAAGCAGAUACUGUAAUUUCUGGAGCGAGUGGAGCUACUUCGCGACUGACUGGGCAAGGAUCCGUUCUCGGGUCAACUUUAGGCUCGAGCUACGAGUCCAGUCUUGGUACAAGAAAGAAGAAAAUCACAACCACGAGUGUUCCCUUGUUCAGCUUGUUCCAGGACGAGGUGGACCUGAAGAAACUGGACGAAAUCAACAACGACAUCAGGACAGAAGUGCGAGAAACAAUGGACAAGUAUGAGAAAAAGAAGAUUCUGGAAGACAACAGACGCAGCACUUUGUACAAGAAGAAGAAACCGAAAGACGACGACGAAGAUGAGGAGGAGGUGGAGGAGCGCAAACGCAGAGAGGAGGAGUUCCUGCAGGAGGCCAAGAAAAAGGAGAAACCGGUGCGAAGUUUCGGCCAAUCCGGGUGCCUCAAUCUGAACCCGGCGCUUCUAGAGAAGGAGAGAAAUACCAGCAGCAUUGACAAUUGGCUGAAGAGCGUGAGACCUCCGCCGAGAAAGACAGAGCAAGACCUUGACGAUCUCUACGACGACCUGGACGCAUCGGCUUCAGUGCUCGGGGAUCCGAGAGGAGACGACGACGAUGGAGAGAGAUACGAGGCGAGAUAUAGGCCUCGGUUUGGCGAUGACACUAGUGGGGAAUACUCACAUGAUUUGGGGAGGAGUGGGAGAGAGGGGGAGAGAAGGAGGGAGGCAAUUGCGGAGGAGGAGGAAGACGAUAUAUCCAGUUUCCUCGCUCAAACAAGGCAGAGGGUCAGAGCGAGAGCAUUGGCCGAAGCUGAAGACGACGAGGUCCUGAAGGCGUGGAGAGAGCAGCAGGACGCAAAGGCCAAAAAGAACGAGGACUAA